AUGGCUGCCGCUUCGUUUGAUGGUAACAACUCUGGCUCUCCUCAGCAGAAAAAGUCGUCGAUAAAGAAAGAGUUUGAAGAUGACAUAGGAUACCAAGACCUCGAGUCGCAAGAAGAACAAGGCUCGAAGUCGGACUUUGACAUCCCCGAUGGUGGUUACGGCUGGGUGGUGGUCGGUGCGGUGUGCUGUAUCAACGCUUGCAGUUGGGGGGCCAUCGCUGGGUUCUCUGUCAUUUUGGCGUACUACAUGCAACACUCGGUGUUCGAGGGUGGAAGCAAAAUAGAUUACUCCGUGAUCUCGGGGCUCUCGUUCGGUGCCGGGCUCAUCUUCUCUCCUUUGGUGAUCUACGUCGCUGGGAUCACCAACGCUAACGUCGUGGUGUUUACCGGUGGCGCUCUCCAAUUUGUGGCUCUCUUUUGUGCUUCGUACGCUACCAAAAUCUACCAAGUUUAUUUAUCCCAAGGGUUGUUGAGUGGGUUCGCAUUAUCAUUGAUCGCCAGUUAUACCCCAGCAAUCCCUCCUCAAUGGUUUCUUAAGAAAAGAAGUUUUGCCAUGGGGUUGACCACUUGUGGGGCAGGGAUCGGUGCGCUUUUGUUCAACUUGACCAUGCAAAGAAUCAUCGAUAUCAAAUCCGUCCAAUGGGCUCUCAGGGCCGAAGCCAUCAUCAUUUUCGCGUUGGUGUCGAUUUCUGCCGCGCUCUUGAGAACCAGAACUCAAGCCAUUAACCCAAAAUUGACCUUCUGGGAUGGCACCGUCGCCAAAAUGUUCCCAUUCUGGAUGCACAUCACUUCGAACUUCAGCUCGAUUUUGAGUUUUGUCACCAUCCAGUACGUUAUUGCCGACGCCACCAAAUCUUUAGGUUAUUCUGCCGAUCAAGGCGCGUAUAACAGUGCAUUGAUGGCCACCGGGGUUAUUGUUGGUAGACCAUUCUUGGGAUUCUUGUCAGAUCGUUUUGGUGCGGUGACCGUGGGGUUCUGGACUUAUGCUUUAUGUGCUCUCUUGACUUUAGCCAUGUGGAUGACUGGUCGUAACUUGGCCACGAUUUAUGCUUAUUCGAUCAUCAUUGGUGGGCUUAUGGGUUUCAAUUGGGGUGCCAACGGGGCCAUCAUCCCUCGUAUCACCGGGCUUAAAAGAGCACCUGCAACCUUCGGUAUGACUUGGGUAUUCAUUGGUAGUGCCGGUGUCGUUUCCCCAAUUAUUGGUUUAGGGUUGAAGAAGUCUAAUGGAGAAAGUCAUCAAUAUGAGUAUGUUGCAUUAUUUGCUGGUCUUGCAUUUGCAACCACUGCCUUGUCUUUGUUUUUCUUAAGAGGUUACCUUAUAGCUAGAGACAUCCUUGUUCUUGAAGAUGCAAGCGUCAAAGGGGGUGAUGGAGGAGAUAAUGACGAAGAAUUACAUGUCAAGGUCCCAUGGAAAAUGAUGUUCCAAAAAAUUUUUGCUAUCAAAGCCCCAUUAAAGGUUUGA